CUUCUGGUAGACCUGUAAAGUCGGUACACAAUGAAUACAUUGAUUCUUUUGGUGUUGGUUGGCGUGGCUGCAGCUGAUUUUGCGCCGCUGCUGAGAGUUGAUGACAGCCCCAAAGGCCGUUACCUCAUCAAAUUCAAGGAUGAUGUGGAUGUGGACACUGUUGCCGAUGGCAUCCAGAGCCAUGUGCAGCAGCAGCGUUUGGGCCAGUCAAAGAUCUCUCAUCGCUACCACCACGUCUUGAAGGGCAUGGCUGCAGAGCUAUCCGACGAAGCCCUGGAAUACAUUCGAACCUUGGAUGAGGUUGAGUACGUGUCUGAGGACGGUGUGGCACACGCAACAGCCCAACCCUGGGGCUUGGACCGCAUUGGACAGAGAAACCUACCCCUUGAUGGCUCCUUCUCAACAAACUCCGCCUAUAAACAGGGAGCUGGGGUUCGUAUCUAUGUUCUGGACACCGGUGUUCGGUCAACACACAAUGACUUCGGAGGCCGGGCUACGGCGGCAUAUGAUGCAUAUGGUGGCAAUGGUCAAGAUUGCCAGGGCCAUGGAACCCACUGCGCUGGCAUUGCGGCAGGCAGUUAUUAUGGAGUAGCCAAAAAGGCAACCAUCAUGGGAGUGAAGGUUUUAGGAACACCAGCGUGCACUGGUUCUGGAUCCUACUCUGCAAUCGUCGCUGGAUUGGACUACGUCGUUAACUACGGACAGAAACCGGGUGUCGUAUCAAUGUCAUUGGGAGGCCCGAAAUCAACUUAUAUGGAGAAUGCGCUCAAAAACGUAGUUUCUAACGGUUACCCGGUGGUCGUAGCGGCCGGUAACGACAAUUCGAACGCCUGUUAUACAUCUCCAGCAUGGCUAUCUGAGGCGAUCACAGUGGGUUCCACGGACACAUAUGACUACCGAUCAUCCUUUUCAAACUACGGAUCAUGUGUGGACAUCUUUGCUCCCGGGUCCAACAUCCAAAGUGACUAUUACACAUCUGACUCUGCCACCGUAGUAAUGUCUGGAACCUCCAUGGCAUGUCCAGCCGUUGCAGGCAUUUCGGCUCUCUACUUGGCCCAGUCUUCCGGUUUGUCACCGAGCCAGAUUAAGAGCAAACUGACGUCCGAAGCGACCUCCAAUGUAAUAUACUAUGUUGGAAGUGGCAGUCCCAAUCUCCUUGCUUACGUUUCGCCAUAGUCAUUCCUUACCGCAGUAUUGCCAGGUUAUUGACAAGCGAAGAUAGACAUAUGAACUCCGGUUAAACAUGUUAAAAUUGUCUUAAAAUUUGGAUUGAUUUCUACUGGACUUACAGUGCAAACUGAAAGGCUUGUUUUAAACGUCUGCAGAGAUUAAAUUAGCCACAGCUAUUCGGGGGUAAUUUCAUGUAAGUUAAACUAGGAAACAGAUUAUUUAAAGUGACGAUAUCACGUUUAUUUUGAAAUAAAUUUCAAAUGAACCACACAGGGAAACUGACUGUGAAUUAUAACCCUUGUAUAGCAUUUGCAAAUUUUGAUCCCCGUUUGAUUUUUCCCACUGGUCUGUAUCAUGACUUUGGGCGUGAUCCCUGGCUGUGUACUAGUUUAUGGCUUCUGACUAGCACCCCUUAACAAACAUAUAGACUAAUUGGGGAACCGCCAACAUAGGGCUGGAUAGCUCGGUUGGUAAGUGCACAGGAACGGUUAAAUCUGGAGGUCGCAUGAUCCAGUAAUGUAGUAAUGGCUAUGGAUCUGUGUUAUCACGGUGCAAUAAAAAUAAAUGGUACAAUCCUCUGAAAUCAAA